AUGCCAGCAGUCCCCUCCGCUAUUGAGCUACUAGGAACUACCCUUGUACAUCGCAGCACCAACCUAACUGUCCCCGCUGCCAAUGCCACUGAGAAGGUCCUAGAGGUUGUCUGCGCUUGGCCAGUUUCUGGGCAAUAUGGCCCAGGGACGCGAGUUCUUUACUAUGCUUCGAUGGCAGCCUGUAUUUUUGCUCGCAAAGCAGAGUGGAUUCGCAGCGCUUGUCUAGCUGCAGCACUGCUAUUUCCUGCCGUUGCGGCUCUUCAUGCAAUUGUCCUGGCGACUCUUCAUCGAAGCGGUGCCGUUGACAUGGAUGUGUACGGCGCUUUUCAACUGUGCGCAAUUGGCAUUCUCACCGCACCAGUCACCGUGCGACUCUCCAAGACAUAUUUCAACAAUCCCGGUCGUGACAUCAUAUUCCUGUGGACUGGCCUUCUUCUUGCUGGACUCCUCAGUUUGACCGUGGAGUUUAUUCGUUUCGAGGCUACAACCUGCCCGGCUGAUGACCCGGCCACGAUUGCGUGGAAAAAAACAGGUAAAUUCUUCUAUAACAGCACCUGCAGCAUGACCUGCGGCAAUGACGGCCCCUUUUCACCUCUGCGGCAAGGCUCUGCCAACAAUAUCUACGUAAUCCCGGUACCCCAGAAGCUCACAUUCAAUACGGCGACACUCCUCGCGGCCGCAUGCUGCAUUCCUGCCAUCCUAUCACUUGUCUCAACAUGGAUCAAGAUCCUGGAGAAGAAUUGGGAGAAAUUAUCUGGCAAAGAUCGGCCCGAUGAGAAACCAGAUGAGAAACCAGAUGAAAAACCCAUUGAGGGGACUAAUGGAGCAACGCCCAAGCAAAUGACUGGAAUUGCCAACAGAAUACGAGGCUGGUUGACACUGAUUGAGAUCCCCGUGUUCAUUGCAGCGGUACUGGCAAUAUUGAUCAAAGGCGAGAUGAACUUCUUCAGUACGCCUGUGUAUCAUCAGACGGAGCCUAUACAGAGUAUUGGCCAAUGGGCACCGAUUGUCGGGACUGGACUUGCUGCGAUCGGGUCGUUGUAUCUCCUACUGGCGGCCGAUAUGGAGGCCGAGGAGAAAGAAACUCAGGAACCAGAAACUCAAGUCCCCAUUCAGCCAGAUGGAAGAGCUAGCAUCCAAUGUGAAGCAUGUACAAGAUGCAAUCAUACCAUUCCCAAUAAAACCACCGAAGAUACCUCGGAUUCUCAACGGAGCUCCCAGAGCGAAAGAGAACAGCCCAGCACCGAACUAAACAGAGCGGUGACUGAACCUUCGGUCUCCUCCACAAUCCGCCGGGCUACCACAAAUCAAUCCGGAAAGUCCGUGGACACGGGCGGCAGACGCCAAGUGGCCCGCCUUCUCAACCUGGCGAGUAAACAGCUCGCCGCGAAAGCCCACACUCACAUGGAAGAUUCCGGAUUCAAUGCUCAAGAAAAGCUGAAAUUCCCUGAAAUCCCAGGCGAAUUCCUUCGAAAUGAGAAAUUGUCCGAUAUCCAGAGGGCUUACAGUAACACGCCACUACCUCGGUCCAGAGCCACCAGCUUUGCUGGUAGUUUUGCGGGUAGCGUUGAUUCUGACUCGUCUAAUGGCGAGGGGAGCUCAAGAAUACUUCAGGGUCCAUUCAGACAAUUAUCGUUGCAAGUUCCGCCUCCUGCACGCACAACGAGUCGUCGGCCACACUCAAAUACUCUUCCAUCAAGACGAAGCUCCUUUGAAUACGCUAUUCAGCACGAGGGUGCAAUUACACCCAGCAUCAUAUCUGGAGAACCAGGUAGUUCGGCUGAGCUGCCACGGUUGGAACAACAAUCUGGACAGCAACCUGCAUGUUCCUCACCCACCGGGUUGCAGAUAAGCUUGAACACACCUCCCCCGUCUUCUCAACAUACAGCACCCCAUAUUGUCGUCUCUUCAAGUAACCGGGAGGAACCAAAGUCGGAUUGA